AUGCGCGGAUGUAUUGAAGGUUUCAUGCUUCCGGUGACUCCUGUCGACUCUGAUGUUGUGGCAUCUUCAAUUCAAUGUUUGGCAAACUGUCUUGAAGAUUCCAGAUGCGUGUCCGUCAACCUCUGUGAGGAUCCCCAGAGUGGACAGGUGUGUCACAGACUACCUGAGACGUCAAACGGGUCGUGUUCCAAUCUGCAGGCCGCCGUUUUGUGUGUCCAUCUGGAGCCGGCGAAUGUGUGCCAGCACGGCGGGACUUUCAACGCUGCCCUGUCGACGUGUGACUGUUAUGAUGACUACACGGGAACCUACUGUGAGAGACGAUACACUGACUGCACGGAGGCCUUCGAGGGUGGAAUGCGUGCAGUGACGUCCAACAAUCGACACGUCAUCAUCCGUCCUCUCAACGCUCCCCGAGACUACCUGGUGGAAUGCCUUCUGUCAAACGGAGGCUACACAAUACUUGAGACACGGCCUUCGACAUGCAACGACUACAACAAGACGUGGGCUGAAUACAAGACUGGUUGGGACACCUCGUGCAGCAGAUGGUUGGGACUUGAAGCACUUCACUACAUCUCACACCAGGGCAACUGCGACCUUGAUAUAUACAUAAAGGGUGCUGGCGGACUUGUUGGCCAGUUUUACUACAGAGGGUUCAGGAUAGACGAUGACGCCAGUGGAUACAAACUGACUUUUGGCAGCAGCUUUAAACACCCCACCAGUGCUGUAGGGAAUGGUUUUGAGUAUGGAGUAGCGAGCAAGGGCAUCAAUGGACAAAGGUUCGCCACGUGGGAUCGCCCCGACCCCUCGGGAUGCGCUGUACGUGAUGGGGCUGGGUGGUGGUACGGGACUGACUGCCCUGAUACAAAUCUCCACAAAACGUUCUUCAUGGUGAAAUGGCCAGAUGACAGUGGAGUUAUUCGUCAAAUCAGAAAACACACGCAGUUGAGGAGGACGACGCCAGUAGUUGAGGAGGAAGACGCCAACAGUUGA